UCAAGGACGAAUACAUCUAACCGCGUGCGAAUCAUCACAAAGAUACAGUCCAGUCUUUCACAUUUUCAACACAUACCUUCAGAAGAAAAAAAACCACCCGAAGAACAUCAUUCGAUUUACAAGAGGAAUCUCGAAACUCUUUGAAAGCCUCAGUCACUACUUGUUAGUUACCCUGAAAAGAAAAGAGAAAAUUUUCUGAGUUAGAAGAAUAGAAGAAGGUUGAAUCGUAUUUGGAAUGUGAAAAAGAGAGAAUUUGGAUCCAGUUAUAAAUAAACUCCACAUGUUCUUUGUUAACUUGUAUUACCUAUGGAUUACACAAACCUUCAAUCUAGAGCUUCUAAUUCUUACAUACCACCACAUAGAACACAACUACAUCCACGAAUGCAUUCGUUAUCUCCUCCAUUCCCAAAACUCUCGCAGAUCUCUUCAUCACAAUCUCGUGAAAAAUGGUGGACUGUAGGUGCUAUACUCUUAAUUAUCCCAUUUUUAUUCUAUUUAUUUACAAUUGCUAAAGGAAUCCAUCAAUCAUCAAAGUUUGAUGAAUCAAAACCUAAAGGAUUUGGUAUUAUUAUUGAUGCUGGCAAUACUGGUUCAAGAAUUCAUGUUUUUGAGUUCUUAAAUGAAGGUAGAAUUCCAUUUAUUGGUUUCGAUGGAAAAGGGUCCAAAUCAUUGAAAAUUAGACCAGCAUUGGUGGAAUUUGCUGAUGAUCCUGAUAAUGCUGGGAGUUCUAUUUUGAGAUUAUUGAAAUUUGCUAAGAAAAGGGUUCCAAAAACUCAAUGGAAGAAUACAAGAGUUUGGUUGAUGGCUUCUGAAGGACUUCGGGGAGUUGGUUUGGAUGCAAGUAAGAGCAUUCUUGAAUCGUGUAGACGGGUUUUGAGAUCUUCAGGUUUUCUUUUCGAAAAUGAAUGGGCAUCACUGUUAACAGGUCAGGAUGAAGGUGUUUAUGCUUGGGUGGCUGCUAAUUAUGCUCAUGGAACUUUAGGAGGUGAUCCACAAGAAACAACAGGGAUAGUUGAACUCGCUGGGUCCUCCGUACAGGUAACAUUUGCUUUGCGAGAACCUGCUCCAAUGGAAUUUUCACGAAUGAUAACACUAGCUGGAGUUACGUACAAUCUUUAUGCACAAUCUACAGUUCGUCUGGGUCAGGAUGCAGCUUGGAAAUCGGUGCAUAAUUCCAAUGUAUUGACUUCAUCUUCAGGUUCGCUCAAGGAAAUUGCAAGCCCCUGCAUUCCUAAGGGAUAUGGUCGAACAUUGAGUCCUUCUGUUGCAGUAGAUGCAAGUCAUAAGGAACUUCUGGCACCCGACUCUGUAGGCAACUUUUCUGCAUGCAGAUCUAAAGCCGCAGCCUUGUUACAUAAAAGAAAUGAUGAAUGCUUGCAUCCUCCUUGUGAAACAGUGUCAACUUUCUUGCCUGAAUUGCGAGGCAAGCCUGUUCCUCCAGAGAACUUCUUUUAUAUUUCAGAGUUCUUUGGUCUGGUCCCUAAGACUACUCUAACAGAAUUAGAAUCUGCUGGGCGACACUAUUGUGACGAUGAUUGGGAGAAACUGAAAGAUGAGCACCAAGGAAUCGAUGAAUUGGAUUUGUUGAGAUACUGUUUCUCUUCUGCCUACAUUGUUGCACUACUGCACGAUGGUCUUGGAAUCCCUAUGAAUGACAAGCGGAUAGGAUUUGCAAAUCAAGCUGGAGGCGUCCCCCUUGAUUGGACAUUAGGAGCUUUCAUUCUCCAAACAGUAGUAGAGCCUUUAAAGGAAUCAGAGCUAGAAAAGCUGGAUGGUGUCAUUGGGAAUGAUUCAGUCACCUACUUCUCAUUAUUUGCUAUUCUCUUAUUUGCAAUUCUUGCAGCCUUUUAUGUAUCAAAAUGGUGGAAACCUCAAAUGAAGACAGUAUACGACCUGGAGAAAGGGCAUUACAUUGUCACUUGUAUACCUAGGUGAUUUUUCUUUUUCAUUUUCUUUUUGAGAAGAGCUGUAAAUGUAUUUAUAGAGUUGAUAAUGAGGAUAGAGACGUACGGGUAGAAUCUGCAAAAGAAAACCAAAAAAAAAAAAAAAAAAAAAAAAAAAAAAAAAAAAAAACA